UUUUCAACACCCAUUUACCAUUUUCCGCCGCCCCUUUUGUUUUUUCUUUGGUUUUAAACAGAUUCUAUCAUCUGGGUCUUAAGUUUUGAUAUUAAAGUUUGGAUUUUUAGAUUUGUGCAUUAGGGUUUUUGGUUUUUAUGGAGAAUUUGGGUUUUUUUCAGGCACCGAGGAGUUUGUUGACGAAGUUGCAGAGGGAGAUGAACAGAUUUCAGGAUCCACCAUUGCUGGGUGCGUAUAUCUAUUUGAAGGAGCAGAAGGUGAUGGUGGAUCAUGAAAGGGCAUUGUUGAACAAGAGAAAAAUAGGGUGCAGAUGCUGUUGCAGGGUAAUCAUGACUGCUUAUAAUGCUAGUGGAAACCUCCCUCUACCUGCUGCAAAAUCUGUGGUUGCGGUGGUUCCUCAGCCAACAUUCAGUAACAAAUCUCACUCAGGGUCUUGGUAUUUAUGGAGAUUUUGGGUAAUAGUUAAUCAUCUUGAAAUUAACGACAGAGGAAGAAAGGAGACGAAGUUGCAGAGGCAACAAAUUUCAAAUUCUAAGGAAGAUGAACCAAAAUGGAAGAUGAAAAGGAUGAUAUUUGGGUUCCUCAUCUCUGAAAGAUGAAGAAUUGAAGAUGAAGAAUUAUGAGAUUAGGGUUUACUGGUGGUGUGUUGAGGAUGAACCAAGAACAAUAGAAUAUGAACCAGCAAUGUCUACUUCAAUCUUCAAACUAAAUCUCACUCAUGGUAAAAACUCAUAUUAACCAGGGGCAACUUUCUAACAAUUGCUAAAAAAUCCUUCUCAAAAUUAAUAUCACAAAUUAUUUCAAAUUUAUAGAAAAAACGGAAAUUGAUGAAAAUUUAAAAAUUUGGUAUAAUAAUUGCCACAUGUCUCUUUUCUAUUUGACAGACCACAUGGAGGCACCACACCCACAUUUUCCCACAGGCACCACAGAAUUCACCAAUAAAAAAUAAGUGUGAAUAUAUCAUAUUUGUUAUAUUUUUUUUGUUGUUGUUGAGCAUCAUAUGUCUUGCAUUAGAUCAGCAGAUAUUGUAAAUCCACUUUAAAAUAUAUUUCUUCAUUAAUUUAGGGAAGUGCAGCGCUUUGUUUAUUAUAUUGGAACCUACAAUUGUAGUAUUGCCGGCUUUCAAAAAAACAUCAUGCUUAGGACUAUUAUGGAUCAAGUGAACAAUAAUGUUUGGUCAGCCGUCUUAACCUUAACGGAAUAAUACAGCUAUCGUCACUGUCUUAUAUUUCCUUUUCUUUUUGUUACAUGUGGAAACAUAUUUCCUAUUCUUUUGUUAUAUAAUAUUAUUAUAUAUUAUUACUAGCAGAUUGUUCUCGCCAAGAACAUAAAAUCAAGGCAUGGUGCCAAGAGUGUGUGAAAUGUGAUCGGAGAUUUUAGAGAGAUGAGCUCUUAACUGCUUAGAGAGAGAAAAUAUAACUGAAUUUCAAUGUUGUUAUUGUCAAAUGAGCUAAGAGUCCCUUACAAUUGGUAACCGUCCCCUAUUUAUAGAUUUGGGGUUGAGCCUUCAUGCCUUUAACCUGUCUAAAUGGGCCGGUUGGGUCUUAGGGAGAGCGGCCCAAGGUCCAGGCAUGUUCCGCGCCUAAGGUUGAGUCUCCUGGGCAAGAGACCUUGUGGUCUCGCCCAGUCCACAAGUCCACAAGACAUCGAGCUCGAAGCAUGAGAGCUAAGUGUGUCUUUAAACAGAAGAAACCAAGGCGAGGACUACGAAAGACUAAACAGUGAUAAAACCUAAAGCUUUUAACAAAAUGAAAAAACAAUUACCAACAUGGCUGGGAGAAUAAAGUCAAAAAUCUCCGUGUUCUAAACUUUUCACUACACCACCCUUUUCCUAGGCAAACUGAGUCCACAAGGAGUCCCAGGGCGAUGACACUUGACCUGCUCGCCUUGCCAGCACUGCGCACGUGCCCUAAAUCAUGACACUUCGACAGGUGUUGUGCGUUCGCCACGCAUUGCGCCAUGAAGUAGUUUUUAAGUCAGCAAAUCCACCGAAUCUCAACUGCCACUUUUGAAAUGUCUUUUCGAUUCCCAGCGAACCUUGUCAACCCGAAUUUUAACCAAUAAGCUUCUGUUACGGUACCUUCCAUUUAAUGCGCUAAGUCAAACCCUGACAUUUUUUUUGAAUUUAAACCAAUCAGCAUCAACGGUUACAACUUUUCGCCUAACACGCUGCCUUUACUUUUUCGGGAUUAAUGCCACGUUUCUCAAAUAAUCAUUCCACCUUUGUCAUGAUGGACACGAUUUCGGAACCGACUCUUAAUUCCUACUUUAAAACUUUCUUUCUUCUCCACUUUCGCCAUUCUUGAACAUCCAGCGACAAUCCAAAAGUCAUCAACUCAACAUUUCCUGUUAGCCUUCUCCCUUCAUUCUUAGAAAUGACUCCUAAGCGCCGUACUCAUAGGUCCUCCCGAUCCCGAAGUGCUGCCUCUGCACCUCCCACUCCUGCCCCGACGGCAACACCCCCUGCCGGGGGAACUCCUCUUAACGAAGAUGAGAAAGAUGCCUUUUGUCGACAAAUUUUCAUCAAUCUUCCCCAGCCCACAGUCGAAGAGCCUAAGCGUGCGGCCAUUUGUCAAACCUCUGAGCUGUCUACUGACGAGUCCAUCGCCGAGUUAAUUCGUAAAGCCGGAGGGCUCUGCCGUGAGAAGUCUUUGGAGGAUGCCCUCAUCAUCGGCCCAGGCUUGGACAUUCGUCACCCCUGGAGGUGUCGUGGGCUUGAACAAAAGGCUAAACGGCCACAUUUCUUCUAUGUUUAUGAAUAUUUCUACCUAGAGUUAGGAAUCAAAUUACCCUUUUCCUCGUUCCUCUGCCAAGUCAUGAGGGAAAUCAACGUGGCCCCUUGCCAACUCCAUCAGAAUGCUUGGGCCUUCAUCCGUUGCUUCGAGAUCCUCUGCGAAGCCAUCGGCCUCGAAGCAAAAGCCUCACACUUUUUCUACUUUUAUGGGGUAGAUCCAAAAUGCCUGAAGACGGAAACUCCCGGAUGGAUUUCCUUGAAAUCCCGCUCAGGUCGGCAUCGCUUUUACCUUUAUAAGAGUAACAUUAAGAAGGGCCCUGGGCGACGCUAUUUCCGUGUGAUCGUUCAUCCCUCUUACCCUGAUGCCUUCACCCGACGAUAUGGAUCCGUUCUGUUUCCCCUUUAUUGGACGAAGAGUCCUUGUGAUGUUCCCCCGCCAACUGAUUCGUCGUUGAGCAGCGUGGACAAAGCCGCCAUCGGCCUUUUCGCCAGACUCCCCAUCCUUGAGUGCUCCCAACUGUUGGAGGCUUCCCGCAGCAACUCCCUCCGCUCACUCUUGGAGGGAUUCAAUUUCACCGAAGCCUCGCUGCAACGCGCUUUGGCUGCUGAUUCUCCCAAAUUUCCUCCCACCUUUAACACUGAGGGAGCGAAACAGAAACACACCGCGACUAGUUCUGACGCCGAAAUUGCUGCCCCUCCCGCGAAGAGAUUCAGGGGGUCUUCCUCCACUACCACCAUCCCAUCCGCCGGGGUGGCUAAGGCCGUCCCCUCUCCAAAAGGGCCCGAACUUACGCCAGAGGAUACCGUCCAACCUUUACCCUUAAGAGAAAUCCAAAAAUCCAAAAGGGGUGCCUCUGGCAUUGAUGCUCCCUCUCCUCAGAAAGAGAAGAAGAAGAAGAAGAAAAAGGUGAAAAGAUCCAAGACCGGCGACGCUGCUGCUUCCCCUCAAGCUUUGGGGGGGGGUGAAGAAAACGCUUCUCCAGGCGACACUGAACCAUCACCCUACCCUAGAGGAAUUGCUACCGGCAAGCCAAAUCUGGAGGGGGUCCCUUCGGCGGUUCUCUCCCCUGAUCGCCCGUCUCCUCAAGUCGAGGCGACCCUAGAUGAAACCUUGCUUGCCCGCACGGUAGACCCACAGGGUGAAGACCUUGCACCUCGCACCCCGCCAUCUCCCUGCCAAACCUCUUUCAAGGCCAAUCUCACUUCCACUGGUGAUCAAGCAGGCUCCAUUCCAAACCAGCGGACUUCUCCUAUUGAUUUCGUCCUUUCUGACAAUUUCUUUGGGAGCGCGAGAGUGGCUGAGAUUCCCGACCUUGAUCAGGCCGCGCAGGAAGCUCUGUUCAACCUUCUACGCGCAGGGUGUCUCUUCGCCCAACUGUCUCGGGGCUCAGCUUCUUCUCUAGAGAUGGAGAGACUCCAGCAGGAGGUUGAAGGCUACCAGGCAGCGGCGCAGGAAGCGCACCGCAAGCAUGACGAGAUGCUGUCCCAAAUGGUGGCUCAAACCAACAAGCAAGCAAACUUAUGCAUAAAGCUGAACCGCCAUGAGGAAGACUUAUCAGCUUGUAAAGAUAGGAUGGAAGAUUUGGAGCUGGAUUGGUUUGAACUGCGACGGGAAGUGAACGCAAAGAUAGAGUCAAUCAACGCCGGCAGGGCCACUUGCAUCCUCAAGGAUCGGGAAAUCGCGUCCCUCCUCUGUGAACUGGGGGAAACGAACGAGUCUCUCGCCGACUUGAGGUUACAACUUGAGGAAAAGAAAUGGGCCCUCGCCGAGAGGGACUCGCAAAUCAAGACUUCUAAGGCUAGGUCCGUGGCUGGCGCUGCUGUUGAAAUUUUGGAGGAGCGAGGUCGUGGUUUCUUCCUUGCCAAAGCUCAAGUUCAACAUCUCUACAAAGGAAUCGACCUUGAUGGCAUGAGAGCUUUCAAGAAAGUUACUCAUCACGGACUUGUUGGUCGAGAUGAUCCCCCAGGCUAUUCCGCCGAGCACUUUGCUGAAAUUGAGGAAGAAAAGAUGAGGGAGAAAAGUUAAUGAAACAUAGUUAUAUUCGUACUAAUUGUAUGUACUUUUCUUUCUUGGUAAUUGAAUUGUAUCUUUGUAUUCCUUUAACUUGUUUCGUGCAUGGUUUUAUUCUCGAGUUUUUCAUCGUCGUUUUAGGCUCUGCCUUAAAUUCCAUCGCUUCGUGUUCUCCGUUCGCCUUUUAGGCUUAGCUUUUCCUUUUUCUAAUUCGUGUAGCGAUUUUGAAGGUGUGCCAAAGAAACUAGGACUUUUGCUCAGCUUUUGAACCGAGGCUUUUCCUCGCAUCAAUAUUUCCCGUAAGAGCAGGUGCGGCCUCGACAGUUUUUUCCCGCCAAGGGCUUACACUGCUGGGGGCCCAAUGGCCAUAUGGGUUUACCCAGACUUACGCCUAGUUUAUAUUCUCGCCACAUAUUUCGGGGAGGUCUCUUAUUCCCAGAUUUCGGGGAGACUAAGGGGACAAGGGACUUGCCCCAUUUUGGGGAUAAGUCGCUUUCCCGCACACAUCGCCAACGAGAAAUCAGCGUUUCACACUGGACUUCCCCGGAGCAAUCCCCAGACAUCAAGUUCGUGUUGGGAUUGCCACCUUCGAAGAAUUUUUCUCACCAGGCGAACGUGAUAUGAUGAUCGAAUUUUGCUAUCUGAGUAGCGUCGGUUCGCGCCGGACUUUCCCGGAGCAAUCCCCAGACAUCAAGGUCGUGUUGGGAUUGCCACCUUCGGGGAAUUUUUCCCACCGGGCGAACAGAGUUGAGUGAUUUGAGCCAGGAGUAUUUCUGACGAAUAUCCUUUUGUAUUUGACUUGUUUGGAAUUUUACAUCGAGGGAUGCCUCGUUAAAAAACUCCCAUGUUGGAGAAAAAGAGUGCAUCUUUAUUUUUUAGUCCUAUUUUGUGGUUAAUCCUAGUCGCCAUCCUCUUUGCCGCGCCCCUACUUGCCUAGCUCUUUCCUCAAAGUAUGGUGCCCAGCACCUCUUCUUUCGUUCCCGAGGUACUUGCUAUCCAUUCACUCGCAGAAUGCCCGUUCGCCUCUCACUCUUUCUUUUGCUUGUUACCCUUGACCUUUUUGCUUCUGGAGGCCAUUUCCUUUGCCACAGAUUUCCCUUUGCUCUUACCGCAGUGUGCCGAGCCUUUCUUCUUCCGAAAGCGGUCAUGCCCUUUGCUCAACCCUUGUCCAUAAACUUCCCGCUGGGAUACUUCCAAGUCCAGACUUCGGCCUAUCGCCGCUUUCCCCUUCCAGUCGCCUGGUCCCUUGCUCAAAAGGGCUGGUGUCCUGAACUGCGGAAGGUUCCAAAGUGCAGCGUCCUUCGGACUCCAGCUGAAGAGGUCAAAAUUGCCCUCUACCAGCUUUUCCAAUCGUCUCUCUUGCUUAAGGGUGAGCCUAGGCUCAAUCGCCAACACACCUCUACUGAACUUGUACCUUUCCAAGUCAUCCACUAUGCCUGCCCAGCGUUCCUCCGCUGUUAUGUCUGUGAACGAUCCAUCCCACUUCGUCUUCUCGACUUCUUCCCUAAGUUGCCCCUGACUAUUCCUUUGUCUUUUCACCCUCCUGUGUUCCAUCUCCUGCGUCUCAUUCCUUGACCUAUCUUGCUCGUUCUGACUUUUCUCUUAGAUCUCGAUCUCAUUACACCGAUGUCCCUCGCCUGUUCCUUUCUUCCCGUACAUGCUGAGACAAUUAUUGUAGCAUUCUCUCGCCCUUCUUUGGUCAACCACAAUUUUUCCCACCUUUCCACAGAGCAGUGGGUACUUUACUGCAAGAUGGGCUGUUGAAAUGACGGCGCACAAACGGUUUAAGGUAUUCCUCCCAAUGAUAACGUUGUAUGAGGCUACAACUUGUAUCACUAAGUACCUCACGCGAAGGAGCUUGGCGUUGUCCUCUAUCCCGAAAAUGGUGUCUAAAUCUAUAUAACCCCGCACCCACACUUGCUCACCUGAGAAUCCCACUAGUGUUCCCGUAUAGGGCAUUAAAUCCUUAUCGGUUAAUCCCAGCUUAUCAAACGCGUCCCCGUAAAUGAUAUCGGCGGAGCUACCUUGAUCUAGGAGUACUCGACGAACAUUAAAGCUGUUGAUCCGAACCAUAAUGACCACCGGAUCAUCUUUGUGCAUUUUGACUCCCUCAAAAUCCACUGAUGAGAUCACUAUAUCCGAAUUUUGGAAGCCAAAAGGAACUUGGUAUCGUUGCACCGAGGUUACUGCCCUGACAUGUCUUUUUCUCGCCGAAGCUGUAUCUCCCCCUCCGCCGAAACCACCUGCAAUUGUAUUAAUUGUGCCCACUGGCGGCUCGAGAUCUUUAUUAAAUGUUUGCUCUGCAUUAAUUUUCUUGGUAGUCAGUGUUUCCUUCUUUUCUGCACUCGGCGUGCGGCGACGAUCCUCCCGUCGGCGAUCAUCCUGCUGGCGAGAGUUCCUAUACCUGUUUCCCUGCUGUCGUUCGCCGUUCCAACGUUCAUUGCGGUCAUUCAGCUGCGCUUGCCCUGCUCUGAUGAGCCUCUCGAUCUCAUUCUUUAAAGUGAAACAAUCCCCUGUAUCAUGUCCCGCUGACCGGUGGUACUCACACCACUUAGUCUUAUCUGAUUUUGGUCGCGGUGGGUCCGCUUCCCUUUCGCCCUCUUCAACGGCAUGGGUUGCCUUAACCUCACGGAGCAGCUCCGUUAGAUGAGCGCUUAGACUCUUUCCUGACUCUCCACGCCGGCGAGAGUCAGCCUGGCGCCAGGGCCGACGACGCUCGAAAUUGUCCUUCCUCGGAUACAAGGGAUCUUUCGUUGUCUUUUCCGCUGUCCGGACUUUGCUGUCUCGCCUUUUACUCCCUUCAACCUUGUCUUUGCUGGCUUUAUCCUCUGGCGACGAGUCCCUUUGAUAACCAUCCUUUUCCACCUUCGCUCUUCUUCGCUUGAAAGCGUCGUCUUCUUCAUCAAGGAUGUACGUGUUCGCCCGCGCGCGCACCUCCGCCAUCGAUUUGGCUGGCUUACGACUCAGUUUGCUAUUUAGCUUGUCGGGUUGUAGAUCGUUCUUGAAGGCUCGGGCGCAGGCAUUCGGCUCCGACUCCUCAAUCUUUACCGACGCAACACUGAAUCGUUUCACGUAUUGCUUCAGAGUCUCUCCUUCAGACUGACGCACGUUGUAUAAGUCCUCGAUCAUCACUUGCUUAGUCUUGCUUGCAGAAAAUUGGACGAGGAAUUUGGACGAAAAAUCUCGGAAGUUGGUGAUGGAUCCUCGCGGAAGAGUUGUGAACCACGCCAUUGUUGUACCUCUAGAAGUUGCUGGAAACAUUCUGCACUUGACUGCGUCUGAAGCAGCGCUAAUCACCAUCUUUGUAUUGAAAUACAGUAGGUGUUCCUUAGGAUAUGCUUUUCCGCUGUAUGUUUCGAGGACUAUAUUCUUCAUAUUAUCCGGAAUGGCCACUUCCCUUACCGCUGCUGAAAAUGGCUCGAAUUCAGCCACAGCCUCUGCCUCGCGUUCUCCUUCGUCCUGCUGCUCGUGACGAUAGUACUCUAGCUGCUCCUGAAGAUAGUCGUUAUGUUGCCUUAUAUCAUCGAUGCUGCUGAUCAAGCGUCUCCAAUCUUGGCUGGAGAUCGGAGCUUGAGGUGCUUGCGUCUCUCCUCCUGAAACCACAGGUGACUGCUCUGGCGACCUUCUUUGUUCUGGUGAUGUCGAUGGAGAAGGCAGCGGAGGUGUUGGAGACGGAGGAGGCGGGGGCGGAGCUGGAGGAGUUACUGGAGUUGCUUCCUCGCGGUGAAUCGUCCGGUGCUGCGGUCGGCCCCGAACGCGACGCGGCGGCGAAGUACAUCGUCACACGGGAUCUUCUUCCCGUCGUCUUCGACGUGUUUCCAUUGACACCGAAGAACGUUCACCAAAAACUCAAGAACUGACGAAAAUGUCUCACAAAAAACCAAAGAAUUUCUCCUUCAAAUCACGAUCCACGUAGUCCGGGAAUCAAAAUUUAUCGAUCCCCACAGACGGCGCCAAAUGUUCUCGCCAAGAACAUAGAAUCAGGCAUAGUGCCAAGAGUGUGUGGAAUGUGAUCGGAGAUUUUAGAGAGAUGAGCUCUUAACUGCUUAGAGAGAGAAAAUAUAACUGAAUUUCAAUGUUGUUAUUGCCAAAUGAGUUAAGAGUCCCUUACAAUUGGUAACCGUCCCCUAUUUAUAGAUUUGGGGUUGGACUUUCAUGCCUUUAACCUGUCUAAAUGGGCCGGUUGGGCCUUGGGAAGAGCGGCCCAAGGUCCAGGCAUGUUCCGCGCCUAAGGCUGAGUCUCCUGGACGAGGGACCCUGUGGUCUUACCCAGUCCACAUAUUUAUAUGUGGACCACUUGUGCAACUGAAUAGCAUUGUGGUUGCUACGACAUCACUCUUGGUCAAAUGAAGAUCUUCUUCUAGAAAUUGAGUUGUGAAUUCCUGUUUCCUUGGGGUGGUUUCAGACUUUGGACAAAGAGGAUGAGCUAGUCCUGGGUGGAGCAUCAUGUUUUUGUCAUUCAUAUAAUUAAAUAAAUAACAAAAACAAAAUAGAAAGAUUAAGAAGAAGUAGCUAGAUUAUGAACCAAUGAAUAUUUGUAUAUAUAUGAAAAAGAGAGAAAAGUGGAUUAUAAGAAUAAAGUUGACAAAGUAAAAUAUAAAAAGAAAAACCUUAAACUUUUUAGUGAUAUAAAGACAUGGUGGGUGCAUUUAUUAUUUUAUGGGGUAAUUAAUUAUUCAAUAUUCUAAUAGUAUAGUGUAUAAUAUAGAAUAUUAGUGCUAAAAAUUGAAAAUGUAGUGGGGGGAUGCCCCCUAUGCUACCAUGUGCAUCCUCCCCUGUAGGUUUGCACACCUCAACAAAAACUAAUAAUAUGAGACGCCGGUAAAAUCACCAACACGUUUGAUAUAGAAUCGUCCACGUGUAUACUGAAAAACAUUGUCAGAAGUGAUUUGUUCGGUGGUCUCUAAAUAAGCACUUAUGAUCCGUUUGUUAUGUUGUAUAGUAUAAGUAUGAUUGUAUUAGGCCUGAUAGGAUAAGAACUGAUAAAAUUUUAAUACUAUACAACGUUUAGUCAUAUACUGCAUAAUUUGGUGGCUACAGUAGUAAUGCAAUAGUGGUAGUAUUGCAAGAUCAUGAUGGUUGUGGUGGUGGCGGCGAUGAUGAUGGUGGUGCUAGUAAUCGCGGUAGCGACAAUGGUGGCAGUUGGUUGUGGUGGUGUGGUGGAUGGUGGUGGUGGUGCUAGUAAUGGCGGUAGCGACAAUGGUGGCAAUUGUGGUAUGACGGUAUUAACGAUGGUGGCAUUGGUGGAGCGUGGUGAUGGUGGUGGCGACGAUGGUGGUAGUGGAGAGUGGUGGUGGUGGAGGGUGGGGGCGGCGGCAGUGGUGGUAUGACAGUAUCAACGAUGGUGGCAAUGGUGGAGCGUGGUGGUGGUGGAGGCGACAAUGGUGGUGAUGGCGGCAACGGUGACAGUAGUAGCUAGCGGCGGCGGUGAUGGGGCCAGCGCAAGUGGUGGUAUGACGGUAUCAGCGAUUGUGACAGAGCGUGGUGGUGGUGGCGGAGACAGUAGUGGUAAUGAUGGUGGUGAUGGCGGCGACGAUGGUGGAGGGUGGUGGUGACGGCGAUGAGGUGGUAGUAGUAAUUAAUGAUAACGAUGACUGUAUCAACGGUGGUGCAUGACAGUGGUGAAGCGUGGUGGUGGUGGUGGCGGUGGCGGCGGCGGUAGUGAUGGUGGUAGUGGUGGCGGCGACGGUGGUGGUGGAAGGUAAUUGUGGUGACAGUUGAUUAAAUAUAUUCAAGUAGUUUAUACAUCACACUUUUAUCAUGUCUUAUUCAUCAUCAAUAGUGGAUUAAAUAAUUCAUCAUUUUAAUGUAUAAGAUGAGAUUGAUGUAUAAGCUUAUAUAAUACCAUGUAAGCACCAAACAAUGGAUAAAUUCAUAAUGUAUUGUAUAAGCUUAUACUAUCAUACCUAAUACGGCGUACUAAAUGAGCCCUUAAUGUGUA